CGUAUAUUAAUCUGGCAAUUCUUUGUGUGUUCGGAGUAUUUCUCGAUUUCGAAUCAUUCCCAAAUUUUUUGGAACACUUGAAUAUCUCUAAAAUUUCGUCCAAACUUUUCUUAUAAUUGAGAAGUGUUGGUGGCAGUGUUUAUAUGUGAGAAGUGGCUACGUUGAUUCAGCACAUAGAUACAACUACGAACAUAUCGGCAGACAAGGGAAGGUGCUGGUCAAGGCAAAAGCCAAGCAGGUAUAGAACUAAACCUAUUUUUCCACAAUAUUUUCUGCAAGAAGAUAUUGCUGAACUAGCGAAAUAGACCAGAUUGGGUGAAAUGUAUAUACAUGUUUAGAGCCGCAAUUCGUUUAAACACAUUCAGAACUGCAUAAAAAUACUUCGUCCACGCCCAUUUCAAAUUGAGAACCGGUAUGAAUAAGAGUGACCUAAAUCAGACUACAUCAGACGUAACGGCUGACUCAGCUGGAGCAAAUGAGGUGUCAUCAUCCACUGCUGGCUUAAGCCAAAUAGAGCGAAAUUCAUCAGCUACAUCCCUAACACAAUUGACGACAUUGGCUCAAACUUCUGAAAAGUCGGAAAUAAAAAAUGAACAGAAACAAUCUACACCAGUGGAAGCGCACGCACUAUCAGUCGGUGUCGGUCUCGACGCAAUAACCGGCGAUGCAGCUGGUAAUGAAGUAGGCGAACGAAGUUGUUGGAUUUGUUUUGCUACGGAUGAAGAUAAUCGUCUGGCGCCGUGGGUGCAACCGUGUAAAUGCCGAGGUACCACGAAAUGGGUACACCAGAGUUGUUUGUAUCGCUGGGUAGACGAGAAGCAAAAGGGAAAUGCGAUGAGAGCCGUGAGUUGUCAGCAGUGCCAAACAGAAUAUAUUAUUGUUUUCCCACAUAUGGGUAAAGUAGCAAAUAUAUUGGAAGCUUUCGAUAAUUUAAUCAAACGCUUAAGUCCCUUCCUGGCUGCUGGUAUAUUCGUUGGUUCUUUGUAUUGGACAGCUGUAACAUAUGGAGCUGUCACUUUUCUACAGAUUGUCGGACACAAAAAAGGAUUGGCUCUGAUGGAAAAUGGCGAUCCCUUAAUAUUAUUAAUCGGCUUGCCUGCAAUACCAGUAGGCUUAGUGCUUGGUCGCAUGAUUCGUUGGGAAGACGCCGUUAUCCGCUUGAUUCGUAACAGAAGAAGUGUUGCGCGAAAAUUCCCGCUGAUGAACUUCAUUAUACCUUAUCCCGAGGAAGAAGAGGAACAGUCAGCGCAAAAUCCAGCCACACCUACAUUGUCGGAUCCAGUUUCGGCAACGCGAAUAUUUUGUGGUGCCCUUAUACUUCCAACCAUUUCAACUAUAGUUGGCCGUUUGUUAUUCGAAUCCAUUGAAAAUACCCUGCAUCGUACUCUUCUCGGCGGAUUGACUUUUAUUGCAGUAAAAGGCAUAUUAAAGAUUUACCUUAAGCAACAACAAUACACGCGAAAAAAGAAGCGUCGCAUCGUCGAUUAUACGGAUGAAAACGUUCGCAUAUAUGUUAAUCGCAGUACAUCACGCCACCAUGGCGCUGGUUCUGGUGCUGGUGGCGCUGGACCUGGGGCCAGUGGUGGAACAGGUGGUGCUGCGGCGUCUUCCGCUGGUACAAGUACAGAUUCUCAAAGAGAUGCAAACUUAAUACCACAACCGCUAAACGAUCGUAUCAGCAUGGUUUAAAUAAGCGUUAAACCAGUUGAGGAUAAAUAUUUCGUAAUUGCCGUUAUGGCUCCCACUUAAAAUUUGCGGAAACAGCGAAACUUGCUAAAUACAGAUGUAAAAGAUCUUUAAAUAUCCGCGCAAAAUAUAAUAAUUCUGAGCCGCCGUCUGUUCUUAUUUUCUAUUUCAGCUAACAAAAUAUUGUUAGAAAAA